AUGGCCGUGCAGCAAACAGGUAGCAGGAAGCGGAAAGAGCCCGCCAUCGAGGGGGCCGCCGCGAGCUCGUCGUCGCAGGGCUUGGCAGCGGACGGCGGGGGCCCGCUGCAGCCCAAAAGGCACAAGCGGCCGGCUACGCGGCGCUCGCUGGUGCACUACCUGAAGGGCCGCGAGGUGAGCGCGCAGGGUCGCGCGGGGCUCCCGGGCUUCGAGGGUGAGCUGCGCGGCUACGCGGUGCAGAAGCUGCCAGGGCUGCUGCGAGAGCGCGAGCUGGCCCUGGGCACCCUCAACAAGGUGUUCGCGUCUCAGUGGCUGAACGCCAGGCAUGUGGUGUGCGGCACCAAGUGCAACACGCUCUUCGUGGUGGACGUGCAGUCGGGCCAGAUCACGCGCAUCCCGCUCAUGCGGGAUCGGGGACCCGAGCUGGCUCCGGCCCAGCCCAGCUGCGGCAUCCACGCCAUCGAGCUGAAUCCGUCCAAGACGUUGCUGGCCACCGGGGGCGAGAACCCCAACAGCCUGGCUGUCUACCAGCUGCCCACCCUGGACCCCGUGUGCCUGGGCGACCGCCACGGCCACAGGGACUGGAUCUUCGCUAUCGCUUGGAUGAGUGACACAGUGGCCGUGAGCGGGUCCCGCGACGGCACGUUGGCUCUGUGGAGAAUGGAUCCCGACAUGGUCAAUGGCAGCAUCGCCUGGCACAACGACGCGGGGCUCCCGGUGUACGCCCACAUCCGUCCGAAGGACAUAGAGACCAUCCCCAGGUCCAGCACCAACCCCAGUAACCGAAAGGUGCGGGCCCUGGCCUUCAGUGGCAAGAACCAGGAGCUGGGAGCAGUGUCCCUAGAUGGCUACUUUCACCUGUGGAAAGCCCGGAGCAACCUGUCCAGGCUGCUGUCUAUCAGGCUGCCUUACUGCCGAGAGAACGUGUGCCUGACCUACUGUGACGAGCUGUCCCUGUACGCGGCAGGCUCCCAGUCCCAUGUCUCCUUUCUGGAUCCGCGCCAGCGCCAGCAGAACAUUCGGCCACUGUGCUCCCGAGAGGGAGGCACUGGCGUGCGCUCGCUGAGCUUCUACCAGCACAUCAUCACCGUGGGCACCGGCCACGGCUCCCUGCUCUUCUACGACACCCGCGCCCAGAAGUUCCUGGAGGAGAGGGCCUCGACCAGCCGGGACUCCUCCCUGGGGCCCUCGGGGAGGAAGCUCAGGCUCACCUGCGGCAGAGGCUGGCUCAACCACGAUGACCUGUGGGUGAACUACUUUGGUGGCUUGGACGAGUUCCCCAACGCGCUCUACACCCACUGCUACAACUGGCCUGAGAUGAAGCUCUUUGUGGCUGGGGGGCCUCUCCCUUCAGGCCUCCACGGGAACUACGCAGGCCUCUGGAGCUAA